AUGGCCACUCCCAUUCCGUGGGCCUGCUUCGUGGUUCUUGCUGCAGGAGUCGUUGUCUAUGCCCAGAGACACAGCCAGCAAGAUACUCAUGUGCUGUAUGAACGCCUGGGCUCAGACGUGACCCUUCCCUGUGGGACAGCAGCCUGGGACACAGCGGUCACCUGGAGGGUCAAUGGGACAGACCUGGAGGCUGCUCACCUUAAUGGCUCCCAGCUGGUCCUUGAGGGCCUGGACCUCAGCCACAGUGGUCACUAUGCCUGCUACCAGGGCUCCUCCUGGCACCUGCACUACCAGGCCCUGCUGCAUGUGGGCAUGCCACCCCGAGAGCCUGUCCUCAACUGUCGCUCCAACAGCUACCCCAAGGGAUUCUACUGCAGCUGGCACUUGCCUACACCCACAUACAUACCCAACACCUUCAAUGUGACAGUUCUACAUGGCUCCAAACUGUUAGGCUGUGAGAAGGACCCAGCCCCCAAGAACCGGUGUCAUAUCCGAUAUACACAUCUCUUCUCUACGGUGAAGUACAAGGUCACCCUGACGGUCACCAAUGCCCUGGGGCACAACUCCACAGCCAUCACCUUCGAUGAGUUCACCAUAGUGAAGCCAGAUCCUCCAGAGAAUGUUGUGGCCCGGCCUGUACCUAGCAGCCCUCGACGCCUGGAGGUGACCUGGCAGACACCCUCCUCCUGGCCUGAUCCUGAGUCAUUCCCUCUUAAGUUCUUCCUUCGAUACCGGCCACUGAUCCUUGACCAGUGGCAACACGUUGAGCUAUCUGAUGGCACUACACAUACCAUCACGGAUGCAUAUGCUGGGAAGGAGUACAUCAUUCAGGUAGCUGCCAAGGACAAUGAAAUUGGGACGUGGAGUGACUGGAGUGUGGCGGCCCAUGCCACACCGUGGACUGAGGAGCCCAGAUACCUUACAACAGAGGCUCAGGCCCCAGGUUAGAAUCCUGGGGUCAUUCUCCAUCCCCCACCUCCUCCAGUGCCCAUUGUACUCAUGCUGGGACUUUCUCACACCCCUGUAUCUGUC